UUUCAAGGAAGAUACGUAUCGGGUCAAUUUUGAGCCUCUAAGAAGUCACUAGUGCAAUUAUAGAACAAAAGUGUUCUAUGGUGCAAUAUACAAACGAUACCUUCCUAUGGAAAUAACUGGACAAAAUUCUAAAAACGGGAUAAACAUCGUUCCAAAACAUGAUGACUAAAAAAGGGACAAUCCCGUUUUAUUUCUGGAAUGUCCCUACUGCAAGCUGGAUUGAUGGGUUUUCAAGUUAAUUCAUCUGUGGUAAUACCCAUAGACCUUAUAUUACUCAACCGCGAAUCAUGGUCACGAAGUAAGAAUAUGUAUAAAUAAACUCAAUGUUUAUAAUACAGUUAACUACGGUUAUACCGUUGGGUUAUAAUAUGGUAUAUGGUAAAAUGGUAUUCUGUGGUUAUCCUGCAGUCCAGGUAUAACUGAUAACUAUUUGUACAUUUUGAAUUAUUUAAUAAACACUAAAUUGUAUUUUAGAGUUAAGUAGUCAACAUUUAAUUAGUUAAACUCGAAACCGUUAUUGUUGCAAACCUGUUUAUUGUUAAUUGGCGAUUAUCGUUGCUUACAUACGCCGAUUUCGAAGGACCGUUAGAACGACAGGAAUUGAGCCGGUGCUCCUCAGUCGGCUCCUACAACUACCUACAUAUUAUAGUAAUAAUAAAGGACAAUAGUUAUUUUUCGAGAUGGACAUACUUUAGUAUUGUAGAUCUUUGACCGGAUCAGAUGGUUCGUGUGUGGCGGACGACGAUGGAUACGAAUGAUACGACAGUUUUUCGAGGACUCGGUAACAGCUGUUAUAAACCGAUAGCAAUGAUCGCUGUGAUCGCUGGCAUUUAUGUUUCAAUCGUGUCCAUCUUGCGUUUCAGCCGUUUCCUCGCCGGUUUGAACACUGCGCUGCCGUCCGAUAAUGAUUUACUACAAUCUCGUAUUUAUUUCAGGAUAAUUUUGAAUUGGACACUUGCAUCAUGUUAUUUAUAUUUACCUUCGAUAGUUGGGGUUUUAAUUGAGCGGAUUGGUAACUUAUGUGGAUUGCCUGAUUGUUAUUUCAAAUUUACUAAAAUUGUCUUACUUUCAUCUAUUUUAAACGGAGUGAUUGACUUUUGGCAGGAAGUUCCUGAGAUAUAUUUGUGGAAUCUAAACAUAUAUUAUGCUGAAAUUAUACUCUUUUAUUUGCAUUGCUCCAUGUGGAUUAUAUCAUUUAUGAUUGUGUUAGCAAUUGAUAUUACUGAGAUAACAGGACUCAAACCGAUUUUUUAUUAUUAUUUGGUUAAUGAAAAUUAUUGUUCAUUGAAAUCUCGACAAUUUGAUCGAUUUUUGUCAAAUAUGGGAUUCCCAGGAUCCUCAUGUCUCUUAAUUAUGUUAUGGUCUCCAAAAUUAAUGAGUUUUGAUAGAUUGUUAUUGGCUGUAAUUUGGACUAUAGGGAUAUUAUCAUAUAGUCGGACAGACGAUAAAGAUAUAAAAUACGUUGCCAAACAAAUCGAGAAAAAAAAAGCUUGGAUGUAUUAUUCAGAGAGGAUAACAGUUUCACCGUUGAGAUAAACCGUAUUGUUAAUUAGAUAAUAUUUACCAUCCAAUAAUAUCUACUAUUAAAUUUUUAGGUCUUAUACAUAUAUUAUGUUUUCAGUAUUGGGUUUUAUUCCCAAAAUACAUUGUAAUUUGUAGGCUUAAAAAAACGAAUAGACGCUAAUAGUCUUCGUUUAAAAUGUUUUAUUCUAUGUUGCUGAAUUCAUAUUAUUGUUGGUAGGAAAU